AUGGCCAACAAAGUCUUCGCCACCACGCUCGGCAUAAGCAUCCUCUUCCUCGCCUCGGGCUGCCUCGAGCUGGCCUUCUCCCUCAUCGUCCAGGCCCAGAUGGACGACGAGCCCUCAAGCGGCGAGCAAGUCGUGCGCAACCACCUCCACCGCGUCUUCCCGCUGACGGCCGGCGUCGCCAACGGCAUCGUCACCCUGGCCGCCUUUGCCUUUGCCAUGCUCGGCCUCAUCACGCCUAUGAGAUUUUGGCUCAAGUUCGCCGGCUACCUCCUCACCCUGUGCGGCCUCUUCACCCUCUCUCUCGGCGUCUUCCUCUGGAUCAUGACCCUGCGACUCAAGGACGCCUUCUUCCCAGCCUACCUAUCGCUCGAUCCCGCCGGGCAGUCCCUCAUCCAGCAGUCGUUCCAGUGCUGCGGGUACUACAACUCGACCACGCCCGCCUUCGUCACGGAUCCCACCUGUCCAUCGCCCGCGGCCGCGGCGCUCCUGCGAGGCUGCGGGGCCGCCGUCUCCAACUUUGCCAACUCGUACAUCAACAGCAUCUUUACCACGCUCUUUGGCAUCGUGGGACUUGACGCCAUCCUCUUCCUCUGCAUCGCCUGUCUCCUCAAGGAGCGCAAGGAGCGCGAACGCUACCGCCACAUUGACGAGAAGACGGGUUUCCAACAGAUCUAA